GCCACUUUUCUCUUCCUCGCCGUGGCCCACUAAGUAUGUACACUUUGAUACUGAUUAGUUGACUAAUUACCAUUAUCAUCUCAAGCUUAAUCCCCAAUUCAAUUCCAUUUAAUACGCUGCCUUUUCCCUCCCAUAUUAUUCAUCUCUCCUUCUCUCACUGGUCCACACCAUCGGCGCCAUUAAUGUUUCCUUCAUUUAUACACACAAAUCCAUUUUACAACAUUCAAUCCAUCAUCACAUGACAUAGGAAAAUGAUACCUCCUCUUCUUCUUCUUCUCGUCGUGUUGAAACUCAAUUUCGGAUCAUCUCAAAACACAAACGAUUUCCAUUUUCUGUUGGAAUCAAAAAUAUCAAUCCUCCACGACCCUUUCGAUGUGCUCCAAAAUUGGUCCAUUCACAACCCGAAUUUCUGUGCAUGGAGAGGCGUUACUUGCGCCGCCGCCGGAGGCGGCAGCGCCGUGGUGGCGAUUGAUCUCGCGAAUUGCUCUCUGGAAGGCUCAAUUCCGGCGGCGUUUGGUGGUUUGAAAAACCUGCUCCACCUUAAUUUAUCGUCAAACAGCUUCUCCGGCCCCAUUCCAACUGCUCUCUCUAACUUAUCUGCUUUGGAGUCGUUGCUCCUCUUCUCCAACCGCCUCUCCGGCUUCAUUCCGCCGCAGCUCGGGUUGCUUUCCAAUCUCCGUAUCCUGAGAAUCGGUGAUAAUGAGCUCAGCGGUGAGAUUCCGCCGGAGCUCGGGGAGCUUCGGAGUUUGGUUUCGCUCGGAUUGGCUUCGUGCAGCCUCACCGGUCCAAUUCCGCGGGAGUUCGGAAUGCUUUCGAAUUUGGAAACCCUAGUUUUGCAGGAGAAUGAGCUGGAAGGGGGUAUACCGAAGGAGGUCGGAAAUUGCUCCGGUUUGGAGAUUUUCACGGCGGCGCUGAAUCUGUUGAACGGAACGAUUCCGGCGGAGCUCGGCGGUCUUCGGAAUCUGCAGUUGUUGAAUUUAGGUAAUAAUUCGCUGACCGGUGAAAUUCCGGUGACGAUCGGAGAAAUCCCCAAUUUGGAAUACCUAAACCUGCUUGGGAAUAGGCUUGAAGGAAGCAUUCCUAAAACCCUAGCGAAGCUGAUGAAUCUCAAGACGUUGGAUUUAUCCGGCAAUAUGCUCACCGGAGAAAUUUCGGCGGAGAUUGGAAACAUGUUUCAGCUUGUUUCUCUGGUGCUCUCCGGCAACAAUUUGACCGGAAAAAUUCCGGCGGAGAUAUGCUCCAACGCCACCAGUUUACAGCAUUUAAUGCUGGCGCAGAAUCAGCUCAGCGGCGGAAUCCCGCCGGCAUUGAAGGAGUGUGGAUCGCUGACGCAGCUUGAUUUGUCGAAUAAUACUCUUAGCGGCGGAAUUCCACCGGAGAUAUACGAGAUGACGGAGCUCACCGAUGUAAUGCUCAACAACAACACUCUCUCCGGCGAAAUUUCGCCAUCCAUCGGCAAUCUCACGACUCUGCAGACGCUCGCGCUCUACCAGAACAAUCUCCGCGGCGAUCUCCCUAAGGAAAUCGGGAUGCUCAGCCGCCUCGAGAUUUUAUAUAUCUACGAUAACCAGUUCUCCGGCGAUAUUCCGGUGGAGAUCGGAAACUGCACCAGCCUCCAAAUGCUCGAUUUCUUUGGGAACAGAUUCACCGGCACAAUCCCGAUCACCAUCGGAAGGCUGAAGCGUCUCAAUUUCCUCCACCUCCGCCAGAACGAUCUCUCCGGCGACAUCCCCGCCGCGCUGGGAAACUGCCGCGAGCUGACGAUCCUCGAUUUAGCAGACAACCGUCUCUCCGGCGCAAUUCCGGCCACAUUCGGCCGCCUCCUCGCGCUGCAGCAGUUCAUGCUCUACAACAAUUCCCUCCACGGAGCCCUACCGGAAAAUCUCGCCGCUCUUUCUAACCUAACAAGGAUCAAUCUCUCCCACAACAAUCUCUCCGGUAGCAUCGCUCCUCUCUGCAAUUCGCCUCAUUAUCUCUCCUUCGAUCUCACCAGCAACGCCUUCGAUCACGAAAUUCCGCACCAAAUUGGGGAUUCACCAGCUCUGGAAAGGCUCCGGCUCGGAAGCAAUCGAUUCACAGGAGAAAUUCCAGUAACAAUCGGUCGAUUACAAAGCCUAUCUCUAUUAGAUCUCUCAAACAAUCUGUUAAUUGGGGAAAUACCACUGCAGAUUUCACUAUGCAAGAGCCUAACUCAUCUUGAUCUCGAUCAUAACCGUUUAUCCGGCGAAAUUCCGUUCUGGAUCGGCCGGAUUCCGCUGCUAGGCGAGCUCAAGCUCGCCGCCAACGAGCUCUCCGGCAGCCUCCCUCGAGGCCUAUUCAACUGCUCCAAUCUUCUAAUUUUGUCACUCAGCAACAACUCCAUCAAUGGCGCAUUGCCUCCUGAAAUCAGCCAGCUCAAGUCUCUCAACGUUCUCGAUCUCGACCGCAAUCGCCUCUCCGGCCCCAUCCCUCCGUCCAUCGGGCAGCUCGACAAGCUAUACCAGCUCCACCUCUCGCGUAACGCCUUCACCGGAUCGAUCCCCAUUGAAAUUGGGCAGUUACAGAACUUGCAGAGUGGCCUAGACCUCAGCUACAAUAAUCUCACCGGCACAAUCCCAUCGUCGAUUGGAUUGCUGGAUAAGCUCGAAUCGCUCGACCUAUCUCACAACGCGCUAGCUGGAGAACUCCCUCCACAAGUAGGCUCAAUGAGCAGUUUAGGGAGAUUGGAUCUCUCGUUCAACCGGCUUAACGGGACGUUAGACAAGCAUUAUGCUCGCUGGCCGGCCUCUGCCUUCGUUGGGAACUUAAAUCUCUGUGGUGGCCCUCUUCGUAACUGUGGUGAUGCAACGGCAGUGUCUUCGUCCCGGUUGAGUAAAGUGUCGUUAGUGAUAAUCUCGGCAACGGCAGCCACAGCAGCCGUGGUUUCGUUGCUUUUGGGGGCUGCUCUGUUUUUCAAGCGUUGGAGAGAAGCUUAUGCGUUGGCUAGCGAAGCCGACUCGUCUAGCUCUUCGCAGCAGAGGCGACCGUUGUUCGAGAAUGGAGCGGGGAGGUGUGACUUCCGAUGGAUGGAUCUCAUGGAAGCUACGAACAAUCUGAGUGAUGAGUUUGUGAUCGGGAGUGGGGGGUCGGGAACCAUCUACCGAGCCGAGCUGUUCACGGGAGAGACGGUCGCGAUCAAGAGAAUCGCGAGGAAGGAUGAUCUGAUGUUGGAUAGAAGCUUUGCUAGGGAGAUCAAGACUCUAGGGAGGAUAAGGCACCGGCAUCUGGUGAAGCUGUUGGGGCAUUGCAGCAACCCGAGGGCAGGGUCGAACUUGCUCAUCUACGAGUACAUGGAGAACGGGAGCUUGUGGGAUUGGCUGUAUGACGCUGAGAAAGAUGACAAGAAGAAGAGGAUACUUGACUGGGACGCGAGGCUGAGGAUCGUCGUGGGGUUGGCUCAGGGGAUGGAGUAUCUCCAUCACGACUGCGUGCCUAAGAUCCUCCACCGGGAUGUGAAGUCGAGCAAUGUGUUGCUUGAUGCCGACAUGGAGGCUCACUUGGGUGAUUUCGGAUUAGCCAAGGCUAUAUCCGAUAAUUUCGACUCUGUGAACACAGAGUCGAACUCAAUGUUCGCGGGUUCCUACGGCUAUAUUGCCCCAGAGUAUGCUUACUCGAUGAAGGCGACGGAAAAGAGCGACGUGUACAGCAUGGGCAUUGUGCUCGUGGAGCUCGUAACGGGGAGGAUGCCCACGGACGAGAGUUUUGGCGCGGAGAUGGACGUGGUGCGGUGGGUGGAGACGGGGAUGGAGAGCGGCGGCGAGGAGCUCGUGGAUCCAAGGAUGAAGCCGCUCUUGCCGGAUGAGUUGAGUGCCAUGCUGCAAGUGCUGGAGAUAGCGAUGCGAUGCACGAAAACCGCACCUUCGGAGAGGCCGACGUCGCGGCAGGCGUGUGAUCAGUUGGUGCGUGUGUUGAAUGAUGCAGUGGUUCCAUCUAGGAAGAUGAGUCCAGAUGCACAUGUGUAUGUAUAGCUGAUUCAUACUAAUCAAAACGGCAGGAUUCAACUUCAUUCCUUGUUGCUAAAAAGCUAUAUUUUCAAUAGGUAGGAUGCUUCAAAAGUUGGUCAUUUUCUUACCAUUUUAUGAGUUGUUAUUUUGAAGAAAUUAGUACCAUGUUCCAUAAGUUCUA